AAAAUUUUUUCAUGGCCCAUGUUUCACCUGUCCAUAAUCCUGGGCCGAGAUCAGUCUAUGGUCGAUAGUCCAUCUUGUACUUGUUGCCUCAUCUUGACCUUGAAAUAUGAAAUUGGGCCUAUAUUGAGCCGAAUUUCAUGGCCUAUGGGCAAUGGCAUGGGCCAUUCGUACAGGCUUGUGUUUUUUCAACGAACCUGCCACAACUUGGGCCCGUUUUGUGGUUGUAUGGAGUUUGGCAUUCCUCACCGGACAGAGAGUAUCCCCAGCGCUGUUGUACUGAGAUCCCAGUGCAUCCUUCAUCUGUGCAGUUUCCGGUGGAGUUCGGGGGCAUGGCAGCCGAAGCAAGAGCAAGGUGCUUAAGCGAAACUUAUCUCUGGCGCUAUCUUUGAGGUUGCAUGAUGAAUUCCGUAUUUUUUUAAUGUUAACUUCAAGAAAUGCAUAUCUGUUGAUCAAAUCUACGAUCAGAGAAAUUUCUUCAAGAGGCAACGUCUAUAAUGAUGUUAAAUUUUCUUAAAAAUUCAAAGCCUUUUUGUGAAUCUUUUAUUAUGGAAGCUUUAAAUCUGGAGCUUCAGUUUCUACAAUUUUCAGAAGCUCUUUAAACCAAAGAGGCACUUGUCUCUUUUUAGGAAGUGAGGGCAAUUGCAUUGUAAUUGUACUCCCUUUUGGCCUUUUUUUUUUUAGUUUGUACUAGUUUCACUUUUGCUAGUAGUUUGACUUAAUAAAUCUUUAUAAAAGUU